AUGGCAACAGCGCUGAGGAUUAAAAAAGGGGUUUUGCUUGGCCAUAUCAACACCCUCUCAGGGUUGCUAGUUAAACAUUCACCUUUGUGUGAGGAUAUGCAAAACCAAGAUCAGGAUGACGCAAAUUUGAGAGAUAGGAUGGCGCAGCUCUGUAAUGCAGAGGCAGAGAUUAAAACUCGCCAAAAUUUAUUCGAGAAAGCACUAUACAGCUUCUCGGAAGCAGUGGAUAAGCUCAAAAACCCCCUCACGGAAGAGGAACACAUCACCAGAGCACAGGAAAUAAUCGCUCAAACUGAGGAGUUGCUCAUCAAGCUGGAAAUCAAGAAGCAGCAAUUAUCAAGUACACUGGAGCGCACCCAUUUCGAACGCACACCGCCGCCAAAACCACUAAACAAGAAGAAGGAGAGUAGCAAGAGAACACCUCAAGCGCAGCAAAAUUGCGCAUUCUACGAGGAUAGCACACUCACAGAAGAUGAAGCUACAAAUCUAACUGUGAUGAAAAUAGAAAACACCACUAAAGGUGAACCAGGAGAAAUAUUCCUGCUUACAGGAACAUUACACACCGUGCAUCCACGCACACGACGUCCACUGAGGUUACACGUACUCUUGGACACUGGCGCAGAUCGUUCUUUCAUUGACGCGAAUCUCGCCAAAGAGCUAGAACUACCAGAACAUAAUGUGAUCACAAUGAAAUUGUGCACAUUUGGAGAGAAGCAUCCUAAACAAAUUCAGUGCAUUGACACAUAUUUGCAAGUGUGGGACUCCACAGGGAAAGAACACAAUCUACGCGUUUUCACACAUGAUGGACUCACGAGGAAUUAUCAUAGAGGGCGCCUUGAAGAAAAGGAUCUUCAGUUCAUACGUGACAACCAUCUCAUUCUAAGUGCUCCAAAGGAAGGAGGUGCUCACUCUCCAGAAAUACUCAUUGGCUGUGACCAAUUAUGGAACUUUAUGAACUUUGAAGAGAGAAACUUCGUUCUCCCAUCUGGUCUCGUUCUGGUACCGACGCGACUAGGCUACAUGGUUACUGGGAAGCGCAACGCCGAAUCAGGAGACAACACAAACAACAUGAACUCUUCAGUUCAUACCGUUGAGUCAUCACAUCAGUUUCUUGGCCAAUGGGAACACCACUGGACGAUACAACCUCAUGAACUAGAAAAGGAAUUCUGCGGGCCUGAGAAAGAAGAAAAGGCUCUCAUCAAUGCCCAGGAAAUCACUCACUCAUCAUGCCGAAGCACAACAUGUGCAGAGUUUGCAAAUAAGGAAGUCGACCCCAACGUGGCCGCCUUCACUGUAUCUGAAGAUGGCUCUAAUGCUAUCAGUCUUCACGAUACUGCAUGGAGAACAUCCCACUCAGAAAAAAAGAUGUCAUCGGAAAAGGACGACGAAUACACCAGAAGACGUCGCGCAGAAGAAGAAACACUCAUAGAAACAAUCCGAUACAAAAGGCGGCGCAUCAAAUUGGCACCUUCCUUUCCAUCAGAAGACGAAAUUCAACACAAAAUUCGUACAAUUCUUAGUUCUGUCAUUGAUCUCAUUCAAUCCAAUAAUCUCUUUGACUUUUUCACUGAGAUCCGCGGUCGUAAGCCUGAAUUCUUUGCCAAAAACGAAGCCACUCUUUACAAAUGCCACUUGGAAAAGGUGCAUCUGCAGGCAUGUCACAUAACGGACAAAAUUCGGUGCGGAACGGAAGCAUUAUCAAUGGGUUACGACCUCUACAGACUUCUUGUUCAGGCGGAUGACUCAUUAACAAGCUCUAGGGACAAGUUUUUCGAAGAGGAAGUCAAAGGAGUGUCUUUUGACCCUACCUUUACGGCAGAGUUUGUUCGCAAAGAACUCGAGUUUUUAGAGGAUUUUUGUCAGAAGAUCCAGACGGAAAUCCGCGAAGCCGAACUCCAGCUGAAUACUGAGACUCAUGAAUCAUUGUCCGAUGAAAUCAAGCGCAUUCUAGCCAAUCUCGAGCACAAACUUGAUGAGAAAUUCGAGCAUUUCAGUCAGCAGCAAGAACAAUUUAGUCGCAAGUUGACCGAUCUUGAGCACAAACUCGACGAGACACGGGAGCAUUGCAGUCAACUGCAAGAAGAAAUCAAAUGCAUGCUGAAAGAACCUAAAGAGCCCAUAAAUAAUAGUCGUCUUGUCUCGGAAAAGCAAUCACAUUCACCUGCGGGCACACCAUCGAGACGGAGCACCGAGGAAGAUCUCUUGGAUCUGGAAGAUGAUGUUGUUUUCCAGAAUUCUGACGAGGGGGACGUCGACAGCAACAAUAACGUGCCAGAAAGACCAUCGGCGGAAGAAGAGAGACUCGAGCUUGAGCAUCGCUUGAACAUUCUGAGAAACCGAGUCGAGAUGGAGCGCAGAGUUCCAGAAAGAAAGAUUAAUAUGCACGACGCUAUGCAAGAGAAGGACCGUUUUCUACGAUGCUCAUUUUGUUUCGCUAAAGGAUUGCAUUAUAGCGACAGUUGUCCGGAAGUACCCACCGUAAAAGGCAGACUGAAGCGCAUCCGUUGUGAGCAUUGUUUGGAUAUUAGACAUGAAACCGUUCACUGUUGGAGAACCAGAAGGGAGUGCAUGUAUUGUUCUUCCACGGAUCACAACAAGGCCAUAUGCACACUCCCUGAGCGUAUCUACGAAUAUUACAGAGAGAUUGAGGAAAUCGAGCAAGAACUGGAGACAAACAAGGACUACUACUAUAGAGCCCGAUCUGGACCAGCCCCAAGGGGGGAGUAUCACGACGGUGAUCAUUGA